AAAUGUUCAGGGGCUAAUAAAGAUCAUCGGGAGACUGCUGCAGAUGCAAGCUGACCAGAGACAGGGGGACACAAACUUCACCUGUCCCUAUUCUAUCAGGAGCUGUCCACACCCAUACAUCACAGCGCUGGAAAACCGAGCAGACUGCUGGCCGGUGCUGCUGCUGGAGAUCCAUGACUUCAUCUGUCAGGCUGCUGACAGGAAUAAAGCAUCUUACAUCAGCAUGCUGGUUCCCUUCCUCCGGUAUCUGUACUGCGAGCCUCAGAGGCAGUCCCAGCACGCACUGCUCCGACAGAGCCUGCUCAGGGUGCUGCUGCCCACAAAGCCAGGGGUUGGAUGGAUGCCCAAGAGCAAGGACCACGAGAACACUGCAGUGGUGUCUGACAGCCUGCUGCUCUGCCUUUGUCAGCUGGUUUCAUAUUUACAGGUGGACAGUGUAGAGGCAGUGCUGGAACUGUGUGGAUUUGUGGACGCUCUGCUUCAGGGUCUUAUGGAUGCCCCUGGAGAGCUCUGGGCAACGGAGAGAGCCAGACUGCUAGUGCAGCUGCUGUGUGCAUGUCACCAAUGCUUGAAGUUAAAUGGAGACUGCAGACCGCUUCUCAGCCUAAUACAGAAACUCCUCCCUGCAUGCAAGACAUGGCCUGUGGAUGAGCUGAUGAUGGGUGUGGCCUUGCUUCUGUGUGAGGCUCCUCCAGAUCAGCAGAACAGUCUGUUUAGGCUGGCUCUGUGUUUAUCUCCAGAAAAAGAAGAGCUGUCUCAUUGGCUGAGUCCUGUCCUGGUUCUUCCCGUGCUGCAGCUGCUCUCCUGCUCUCAGCUCACCGAACCGCUGGCUGACCCAGUGACGCACAGCUUAAACCAGAGUCUGGCCCACAGCUUGUUACGCAGCAUCAACAAACCUGCAAAAAAGGCCCGGCAGCCUGGCCCAAUGCUGACCCUCCCUCUCAGCUCCUGGUACGCUGAGCUCAGCGUGACUUUGUCCAUAUUGGACAAAGUUUCUUAUGAUCCUUGUGCGGCCACUGAUUGGCUGCUGGCGGUUACCUCUGCUCUAACGUCCAGCCAGCGCCUGUCCUCUUCCCUUGCUCUCAUUGUGACUUACCUCCUCAUCACGGCUCAAGAGGAUAUCUGCCUGCUGGCUUUGAAAGCAAGCCAGGCCAUCGCUGCUGCCGAUCCCUGCCAGAACUGCCAUCAACUGCUGCAUUUCUCAACUGCAACAGUCGGAUGCAGAGUUUUAGGAAAUUGUUUGAUCUAAUUCUGACAGUAUGGUGCACAUAAUGUCACCGUGACAACCGCAGCUCCUUGUAGGAGCUCAGAGCUGAUGGAUAUUUAAUAAUAAACAACUUCUUUCAUCUUUGCUCUUCUCAAAGACGGUAUGCUAUAAGCUCCAACAUUUUAGCAUUUUGUAGGAAGGUCUGCAGUUACAGUGCAAUCUGCAGAACUCCUGUAUCUACAGUAAUGUAAUCUUAUUACUUCAGCAAAUGUUCAAACAACAGAGGUAGCUUCCAUAACCUGGCUUCUGCUCUUGAGUCCUCUGCAGAUGAUAAAGAAAGACAUUUAAAGGGAAAGGCUUCUCUCUGGCCCUCAGGGAAUGUAAAUGGAAUUGCUAGCUGAGGAAGAUGAUGUGAAAUAUCACACUAUGUUAAAGGCUCCUCAUUACUAAGGCUUGUAAGACACCCCGGAGUAUUCCCCUGCUGCCCUAAUUGCUCCCAAAGUGCCACUUGGGUUGGAGGUUUGAUGUGUGGGUCGAUGUUUAUUGGCAUAUCUGAAUCCAUUGAAUUUCUUUCUCAGUCGCUUAUUGCAUUUGAUACUUUGCACCUGCUUUUUAUUAGAAGAUGAAAGAGCUUUCUGCGGAGGAUUUAUGACUUUUUAGAAUACAUUUCUAAUAAAGAAGUUUCACUUAAAAGGAAA